AUGUCAGACCCGCUGGAUGACUUUAGGACACCCCAAGCUGAUGAAAAUGAGCCCGAAAAUGUGUUGUCCCUAUUAGGAGAUGAAGAACAGUACCAGGAGGAGUAUUCAAGCAAAAAGCGUCGCCUGGAAUACUUUCGCAAUGGAAUAUCCGCCGAUUGUGAGAUUCAUGUCGAAAGCACUUGCGCGGAUACGGACAUUCAAAGCGGGAAUGUGUGUUACCGGAAAUUUUUGUGUCAUCGCAUCUUUUUGGCAACUGCCUCUGAGAAACUGGAGCAGGAUAUAUAUCAGAACAAACAAUGGAAUGGGGUACUUCAGAUCAAUGGUGUCUCCCCUGAGAGCGUAGAGAUCUUUCUUGAGUUUAUUUACACAUUUGAGGUGACCUCGCCCAAUGUCCAGCUGCAAUUAAUAGGCGACAUAUUCAUUUUGUCGUGUGCAUAUAAUAUCCCCGAAUUGAUGGUCAAGUUCUCUGAUCUGCUAAAGGAUAAGGAAUGGCCACUGGAAGGCAUCUUUCCAGCUUUUGAUCUAGCUUUUCGUCAUAAUAUUGCCGAGCUGGAGUAUGCUUGCCUGGUGAAAAUCCUUGAAAAUGCUGACCAAUUAAUCCAAGAGCCAUCCAUCAUGAACAUACAAAUCUACGCCCUGAACUAUGUGAUCCAACUUUGGUUGGUUACCGAAUUAGUAGCGCCCAACGAUCUUGUUCAACUGUUGCAGCAGUAUCAGGAAGUCAAUGAUAUUAAGUUUAGUAAUAUUCAAAAGUUUCCGCAUUUCACAAAGAUCAUCAAGUACUUUCCCAAUGUCCUCCUCGAUGCUGAAGGAGUAAUAACAAAAUAUUGAUUAUAAUUAAAUAACGAAUUGCAAAUCUUCAA